AGACAUUGACCAAACUCUCAAUUUCUUUCUUUCUUUCUUAAUCGUCUCUGAUCUGUAUCUGAAACUCCAUUAAUUUGUGUCUGCAAGUCUGCAAUUCUUCCUCAAACCCACAACGAACAUUAAUUUCAGCAAACUGACGAAUGUGUGGAGGGGCCUGAGAGCGUUUUAUGGCAUAAAUGCGAGGGGGGUGGUCUCUUUAGGUUGAUGAGAGGUCCCCAUCAUUAGCCAUUAUCAAUACAAUACACCACACCACUCCUUUGAGAUCGUACCACUCUCUACCCUUUCUUCUCCAAUACUAAAAGUAGUCAUUUUAUCAAGUUCUUGUAUGUUUAAAGCCCUCCAAAAUCUCCUGAAUCCUUUGUAUCCUGCUUGUUCAUAGGUUUUUGCCGAGAGGAAUCUGCUUACUCAGCUUUACAAGCCAUAAGAUUCAAUGGUUUCAUUGACUAGGUUGAAGUCGAUUAUGGGUCUCUCAACUUAUCCUACUCCAACUGAUGCUGGUGUGCUAUGUGUGAUACUGGUGAACACCGCCAUAUCCAUCUCCAUCGUGAAGGAGAUAGUCCGGUCAAUCCUUCAUGUCAUUGGCAUCCGGAUAGCGUUCUGGGAGGAGUACAACGUUGAAGGGCCGUUGGACGCUUUUGAAUGUCGGGGAGCUCCCUCGGAGUCGUACAUGGAGGAGUUCCGCAGCAGAACUCCUGCAGUCCCGUAUGAUUCGGUCUGCUGCAUCUCGAAGCACCUGGAGCAAGAGUGCCCUGUCUGCCUCGCGGAGUUUGCGCCAGAUGCAAUGGUAAACCAGUUGUCUUGCGGGCAUGUUUUCCACGCAAUGUGUCUCGAGAAAUGGCUCAAGUAUUGGAAUGUUACCUGCCCCCUCUGCCGGAAUUACAUUAUGCCUCUGGACGACGAUGGUGACACUGCUCCGAUGUGAGUGAAUUUUUGUUUUGGUUGUGUACGAUGUUUUGUGGGAGUUUGUAUGUAUAGCACAGCGUGGUAGUGUACAGGCUGAGUGUUUUUAGUAGCUUGUGUACUUGUGUUUUCUGGCGAUGUUUGCGUCCUUUCACAGUGACGGGUCUCUUGUGACCAGAACUCUAUACAUUGCCGGAUAUGUACUAUGAUCGCUGUUUAAAGAUUUUCUUUUUUCCAUCC